GGCAAAAGAAGAAAUCAAAUAUCGGCCAUAUGAAGAAAGAAGCAAUCCAACAAAAGUGUUGCGUAUUUUAAGUGAAACAUUUGGAGACAAAGAAGGAAUAACAGUCCUACAGAGAAAUUUCUUUGAGCGAAAACAGAUGGAAGGGGAGUCUUUACGAGAAUACAGUUACGCUCUGAUGAACCUCAUCAAGAAAAUUACGACGAAAAACACAGAUAUUAUUCCAAACCCUGAUUUGACCCUGUGUGAACAAUUUGCGCAAAAUGUGAAUGAUAUCUCAUUACGUAGAGAAUUAAAACGACUUAUUCGUCAACAGCCGGAUAUACAUUUUUUGGACUUCCGGGACGAAGCAAUAUUGUUUUCAGAGGAUGAAGAAAAGAACCGCUCAAAGUGCUCAACAGACAGACAUACUACAGAAAAACAGGCCGCUGAAUCUUCACAGAAGUCAGAGAAAACUACUCACGGAAUUGACAAAUACUUAGAAGUCAUACAACGGCAGGAACAAAACAUCGACAAUCUUACAAAGUUACUUGAACGGCAAACUGUAUCCAAAUCCAAAGAACAAUACCGAGUACCAUAUCCACAGUUAAACCGCCGCCGUUGCUAUACAUGUAAAAGCGAAAAUCAUAUCCAAAGAAACUGUCCACGAAAUCUCACUUCGGCAAAUUACCAACAAUCGGGAAAAUAGAUCCUGCUGAUGAGCAGAGUCCGACAUCAGUA